AUGGCCAGUCUACGGUUACGACGGGUACCUGCCCUCUCUUCGAGCAUCGGAGUACCACGGCGGAGCUAUGUUAGAGCAUACAGCAUUCUCAGAACCUCAACAGUCGCCUCAAAACCGCAGUUUCAGUCACUCAAAAAUGCCUCGUAUCCAGCCUGCUCGUCAAUACCACAACUACGCCUGUUCAGCACCACCCUCACACAGUAUGACACCACCGUCAAGGUACCGCAGAUGGCCGAGUCUAUCUCGGAGGGCACAUUGAGCUCCUUCUCGAAACAGGUCGGUGACUACGUCGAGCAAGACGAGGAGAUCGCGUCCAUCGAGACCGACAAGAUCGAUGUGUCGGUCAAUGCGCCCGAAGCCGGCACGAUCACAGAGCUACUUGUCGGCGAAGGAGACACCGUUACUGUCGGUCAAGAGAUCGCCAAGCUAGAUCCUGGCUCUGGAGGUGGCGGUGGUGCGAAGGAGGCUUCAUCAGAACCAAAGGAACCUGCAUCGAAAGACCAACCUACUAGUUCAGAUCCUGAGCCGAAGAAGGAGGAACCUAAGAAGGAAGAGCCAAAGAAGGAAGCUGCUCCUCCGCCGCCCAAGAAGGAGGAGAAGCCUGCGCCGCCCAAAGAAGAGAAGAAGGCUCCUCCACCAAAACAGAGCGAGGGCAAGCAGGAGUCGAAAGGCGUCGAGUCGCCGUUUGGCAAGGGCAGCCGCAAUGAGGACAGAGUCAAAAUGAACCGCAUGCGUCUACGGAUAGCCGAGCGUCUCAAGCAGUCACAGAACACCGCCGCAUCACUGACAACAUUCAACGAAGUCGACAUGUCCAACAUCAUGGAUUUCCGCAAAAAGUACAAGGAUGAGAUUCUAAAGAAGACGGGCGUCAAGCUGGGAUUCAUGAGUGCUUUUGCCAAGGCUGCCGUACUGGCAUUCAAGGAGGUUCCCGCAGCAAACGCUUCCAUCGAAGGACCUGGUGGCGGUGACACCAUUGUCUAUCGCGACUACGUCGACAUCAGCGUAGCCGUGGCUACUCCCAAAGGUCUCGUCACUCCUGUGGUGCGCAAUGCCGAGAGCAUGGAGAUGGUUGAGAUCGAACAGAGCAUUGCCGAUCUUGGCAAGAAGGCUCGCGAUGGCAAAUUGACUAUUGAGGACAUGGCUGGCGGCACCUUCACGAUCAGCAAUGGCGGUGUCUUCGGCUCGAUGAUGGGUACUCCUAUCAUCAAUUUGCCGCAGACUGCUGUCCUCGGCUUGCACGCUAUCAAGGACCGACCGAUGGCCAUCGAUGGCAAAAUCGAAAUCCGGCCGAUGAUGUAUCUGGCUCUCACCUAUGAUCACCGACUGCUUGAUGGGAGAGAAGCGGUCACCUUCCUGGUGAAGAUCAAGGAAUUCAUCGAAGAUCCGAGGAAGAUGCUUCUGGCGUAG